AUGCAAGCAGCGUCAGGGGUGCGGUGUGGUGGAAUGCAACAGUGGUCUGUAAAUGUAGAUAAAGAUGAAGUAAUGAUGAGGCAGAUGAAGCUGGAUGGGCGCGGGGAUUGCGGACCGCAGAUCAGCGGUGGGUAUUGGAAGCGAGACCAACGUCAACGCGGUGUGGGAGGUAGACAGACUGAGAGGCUGAAUCGAAAGGAUCGCGUUCGAGGCUACACGGACGGUCACCGAAGCGAGCGUAGCCUAGCGAUGCUGAUCGGAUGGGUGAUCAACAGAGACCCGGCGAACGGUGACGGUAUUGAAGCUGAAAUUGAAAUCAAGAUCGAGAUCGAGAUCGAGAUCGUAACCGUGAUCGUGACCAGAGCCGUGGCGGGGAAGGAUCCGAGGAUGGAGCGAUGGAUGGAUGGACGGUUAGGAGAGGGACGAGAAGCAGGCGUGAGGGAGACCAACCGAAAUUGGCAGAUUCACGAUUCACGAUUCGACCAAGUCCAUGCCAGGGUUCAACCACGCCAACGCCAGCCAUGA